UAAACAGUAUCCCAUUCCCGGUUAAAUUGAACAAUUGUUGACAGGUGUAUACCAGAAAUAAGCAUAAAGGCCAACUUCGUUAGCACGCAAACACAAUCCCAAUUUAGAAAUAAAAAUGAAUACAUUCUUCGUUAAUCACACGCCUAAAGACAGCUGUUGACAAUCAGUCUUCGCUCUCUGAAUUUCUUUCCGCGAAUCGGAGCGCCGCCUCCUCGCCGCCGUGUCCCAACUCGAACAUCUGAAAACCAGCUGCAGCCAAUAAUUUUAGAGCGAAUAAAAGGUGUUAAUAAAAUACUAGAAUAAAAAUCAUUUUCCAAUCAACUCCAUUUUUUCAACUCUCCUCAUCCCAUUGCUCUGUUAUUUCUCUUUCCACUUUACCAAACCUAAUCCUCUCUCACAAACCUACUUUCAAAAUCCAUUCUCAUUUGUUUUCUUUUAUGCAUUUUUAAAUAAUUUAUUUCCUGAACCGUUCUCGAAGUAGUCGCGUUGCUGUCCCCUCACACCCAAAAGAAUUGAUUGUUAUUUCUAACUUUUGGAAAAUUGAAAAAGCCAUAUACAACAAAGCAGCUGGUGUUCUUGAACAAGCACAUAUGGGUUUUGUCUUGAGCUGUGGAUGAAUGGUGAUAAAAUAGUGAUCGGGAAAAUAAGCAGCGAAAAUGGUGGUGCGGAAGGUCGGCAAGUACGAGGUGGGGCGGACGAUUGGCGAAGGGACAUUUGCGAAGGUGAAGUUCGCUCAAAACACGGAGACUGGGGAAAGCGUCGCCAUGAAAGUCCUCGAUCGCUCCACCAUAAUCAAGCACAAGAUGAUUGAUCAGAUAAAGCGGGAGAUAUCUAUUAUGAAGCGUGUUAGACAUCCGUAUGUUGUUCGCUUACAUGAGGUUAUUGCAAGCCGUACAAAGAUAUAUAUCAUAUUGGAGUUCAUCACGGGUGGUGAAUUGUUCGACAAAAUAGUUCACCAUGGAAGACUUAGUGAAUCUGAAGCUCGAAGAUACUUCCAGCAGCUAAUUGACGGUGUUGAUUUUUGUCACAGUAAGGGAGUCUAUCACAGAGACUUAAAGCCUGAAAAUCUGUUGCUUGAUUCCCAAGGGAAUCUAAGGAUCUCGGAUUUUGGGCUUAGUGCCUUGCCUGCAGAAGGAGUCACCCUUCUCCGCACAACUUGUGGUACUCCUAAUUAUGUUGCACCAGAGGUUCUUAGUCAUAAAGGCUACCAUGGUGCUUUAGCUGAUAUCUGGUCGUGCGGGGUCAUCCUCUAUGUUCUGAUGGCUGGGUAUUUGCCAUUUGAUGAGCUUGACUUGACGACAUUAUAUGGAAAGAUCGAUAAUGCAGAAUUUUCUUGUCCCUCAUGGUUCCCUGUUGGAGCAAAAUCCUUGAUCCAUCGGAUUUUAGACCCGAACCCUGAAACCCGCAUUCGAAUUGACGAGAUCAGAAAUGAUGAGUGGUUUAAGAAGAAUUAUAAUCCUGUCGGACUUUCAGAAACUGAAGACAUUGAUAUGGAUGAUAUUAAUGCUGCUUUUGAUGAUCCAGAGGAAGAAUUGCCUAAUGAGCAAUGUGCAAAUAAUGAUGAUAUGGGGCCGCUAAAUCUUAAUGCAUUUGACUUGAUUAUUCUUUCUCAAGGGUUAAAUCUUUCAGCCUUGUUUGAUCGCAGGGAGGAUUCCCUGAAACAUCAAACACGAUUUGUUUCUCAAAAACCGGCAAAGGUUGUCCUGUCAAGUAUGGAAGUUGUUGCACAGUCGAUGGGCUUCAAGACGCACAUUCGUAAUUACAAGAUGAGAGUCGAAGGUCUUUCUGCUAAUAGGACUUCACAUUUCUCUGUGAUAAUGGAGAUUUUUCAAGUUGCACCACCAUUCAUCAUGGUUGACAUCCAGAAAGCAGCUGGAGACGCAGAGGAGUAUCUGAAGUUCUACAAGAACUUCUGUAACAACCUAGAUGAUGUUAUCUGGAGGCCGCCCGAUGAAAUGGGUAAAUCAAAGAUUACUAAGACGAAGAGUAGAAAAAGAUAAUCUCACAUUGGCAGCUAUUGUACAAUAUAGUUGUGGAGGUAAGUAAACACUUGAUGUGCAGUUCUGGAGAUUCAGCGACAUCGAUUAGUACAACGUUAACUGAAUCUGCCACCUUGUAGAGGCAACAGUAUUACUUAGGUCACAUGUGAUCCUCAUGAGCUUUUGUGUAUGGUGUUGGUGUUGGUGUUGGUGUUGGUGUUGGUGUUGUAGUUGAGUUUUUUUGGUUGGCGCUUUGUCGUCUGAUGUAUAGGCGUGAUAUUUGCUUCUACUGCUCAGCAUCAUAUUUGGUUGAUGCACAAGUUUAAUUGCGUUGCUUUGCACUUUGCAGUAUUCAUCACUA